AUGCAGUUAUAUGAGGUCUGCUUUGGCAUCGGAUCCAUACUAUCGACGGUAGCGCUGAAACCCUAUCUCAUCGGCGAAACAGACAAUGAAGUGAAAAAUCAGACCAUUUAUGCCGACAAUGAACUGGUCAUCAAUGUUGAAGAUGUCAUCGAUAGGAGGUCUCGACUUAUGAUCCCUACCCUCAUCAUUGGUGGCUGUAUUAUAACAGUACCUUUGGCUUUGUUUGUAAUGCAUUUCAUUAAACCAUAUGAAGAGCCAAAGGAAAAGUGCGAUGAAAACAGUAGCGAAGAUAUGAACAAAAGCGCAACACUACUAAUCCCGGGCCGCACUUCGGUCACCACGUUAUGGGCGGCCAGUAUUGCCACGUGUUUCGGCUUUUCGGGAAUGUUUGCCGGAAUCUACGCCUUCACUGAAGAGCACCUGAAUAUGACGACCCGUUUGUCGGCCACUUUCCUAUUAUUCCGGGGAGUGUUUACUCUCAUCACACCAUUCAUUGUCGGCAAUUGGAUUGAAGACUAUUCACUCGUUUUCAUUUACAUGGAGUUCCUAUUCCUCGCCAUUUCUAUUGUAUUGUUUGCCAUAAUUAAUGUUAUGAUCAAAAAUUAA